AUGCAGAGCCUAGUUACGGCGUCUCCAAUCUCCUCCCUUUCAACAACUUCUGUUCAAAAAUUUGUGUGGGAGAGUCUUUGUGGCGAAGACUUGACGCUUCUGGCCGAGUCAGAUCUCGCCAGUCCUCUGCUGGCUGAAAUCGCACACGGCCAUCUCGUCAACGGUGUCAAAGUCUGUACUUCGUCUCUGUAUGCCGACGUUGGCCUUCUCCUGGGCAUUUACAUCCUUAGCAGUCACCGUCCAGACUUGGUGGGCUACGCAGUCAAUGUUCAACACAUGCAAGUCUACAAGCCCCUUAUCCUGAAAGAUGAUGCAAGCGGUGUAUCGAUCUUCACGCCUUUCUGUAUUGAAGUGAACUAUCGAGUCGACACCAUGAUGGCGUCCAUGUCAAUUCGAAGCGGUGGCUCUCAUCACGACGGGCCUGACACAAAGCAUGUCGAUUGCGGGAUGUGUUUCAAGAAUUCCAAAGAUUGGGGAGCGGAGUGGGAUCGUCAAGCCUAUUUAAUCAAACGCAGUAUCGAGUAUCUCGAGAACCGAGCAACCCAAGGACUUGACAGCACGCUUGCAACGGGUAUGAUCUUCAGAGUCUUUUCCUCGCUGGUCGACUACCACAAAGAUGGCUUCAAAGGAUUACGAGAAGUGGUUUUGCACAGUGAAGAGCUCGAGAGCACAGCGAAGGUCCGAUUUCGCGGCCCUUGUGGAAGCUUCUACUGCAACCCAACUUGGAUUGACAACUGCGGGCAGGCGACUGGAUUUCUCAUGAACUGCCAUCAAACCACACCGCGAGACUACGUCUAUGUGAACCACGGAUGGAAGUCUAUGGAGUUGGCCAGAGACUUCCAAGAGGACACCACCUACCGCACCUACAUUUACAUGAGGCCUGUCGAUGACACCAAAUUUGCAGGCGAUUUGUUUAUCUAA